GCCUCAGGUCUUGUGAUUAGUUUCUACUUGUCAUCGUUACUAUCUCCUUUCGAUUAAGCCUACCCCACAACGUAAAUUUUUACCGGUCUCCUCUCUGUAACCUGUCACUUGUUAUUCGCGAUGUGCAAUCUAGAAACCGAAGGAACAAAAUAUGGAUGCGGGACGCGCAAAUUGAGGAAGAUCGAUUGCGCCAACCAGUACUGCUUCCACUCCAUGUAUCAUCCAAAGAAUUGUCCUGACUGCCAUUGCGAUCGGUACUUCGGUCCCGAUGCAAGAGAAACCAUCACUCUCCAUACACCCGAAUAUUGUGUUUCAUGUCAGUACUGGUUCCAGGGCGGAGCCCAACAUCGUCGAUAACCUUGAUGGUCCCCACGAUUUCGGCUUAAAAUUCGCCUCGUCUAUCGAGUUAACGUCUAUAAUGCCGUUUUAUUCUAAUAAUUAUCUCUCUAGUCAUGCCUUGCUUUGCACACCACGUUGCUGUGUCAUUCUGUAGUUCUAGGCUUGCUUGUCGCAUAUUUUACUUACGCAU